UAUAAUUUGUAGUGUAAUCAUGUAUGUUAUCUAAGUAUUUUGAAUCGAGCAACCGUUCAGAACCGAAUCCUGACUAUAUUUAGGUUCAGAUGAAUUUCGACUCAAUGUUGGAGGAACUUGUGAGUGCCUGUUUCAGAUUGAGGUGUCGGUUCAUCUGGUACAAAAUUUAUCUCCUUAUAAUACUUAUGAUUUUUCAAUUUAUUCUAUAACUGAAAGGACUAUUUCCAAGAAUAAUCAAUUUUUCAGGGUGUUAUGGAUGAUUAUUGUUUCGGCAAGUUUCAUAGCGGCUGUAGUGCUCUUACUUCAAUCGAAAAGUUCAUUUGAAGAAAACCCCACUACUUUAGUUACUGAUACUAUACAUCAUCCAGUUUGGAACUAUCCUUUUCCAGCUGUUACACUAUGUAGUUUCAAUAAAAUAUCUAGAGAAAGGGCAUAUGAACAGGCCGAAUUGCUACCAAAUAAGCUCAAUUAUUCAACUAAUGAAAUUGCUGAACUGUUUCCUCUUUUGAGCUUGCUAUAUUUCAACAAUGAAGUCAGUGAAGAAGAAAACUUCAAACUGCUCAAACUCUCCGAAAUACUGGAUAGCAAUAAAGUGGAUUUGACCGUUUUGUUAAGAGCAGUAUUACCAUCUUGCAAAGACAUCUUGCUCAAGUGUAAAUGGAAAGAAGAGGAAAGGCGAUGUGAUACCAUGUUCGAAAAAAUAAUAACAUCGGAGGGGCAUUGCUGUUCUUUCAAUUACUACGCUCCAAAGAAUCAUGUUUUCAAGGGUUCUUAUCCCGCCAAGGCUCCUAAAAAACCACGCCACGUUUCGGCUUGUGGAUUCCAAACUUCUUUCGAAGCUAUUAUGGAUACAAAUUCUGAUGAUUAUUUUGCUACUGAAUCACUUGCAUAUGGAAUCAAGGUAUUCAUUCAUUCUUCUUACAACUACCCCGACUGGAGCUUGCAAACUUAUUUAGUUGGCAUAAAAAUAAUGGCUCUCAUAGGAAUGAACCCAACAUUAACACAUGCCGUACCUGAUAUAAGAACAGUUAGCGUCCAGCAGAGACUUUGUUACUUCAAAGAUGAAUAUCCACUACAGAAUUUCGAAUUCUAUUCUUAUCAAAACUGUCUAACUGAGUGCAGGAUGAAACUCGUCCUGAAGUUGUGUGGGUGUAUACCGAUAAUUUAUAUGAAUGAAAAUGGUCGUACCCACAUUCCUCGAGUUUGUACAUUGACUGAUUUGGGUUGUCUCCAAAAAAACAAACCUGUCAUCAAGAGUUCAAUACCUGGUGUUGAAAUACAAGUAAACAAUUUAACGGAAGAUUAUGUUUGGAACACGCAAGAUUACCCCUGUAAUUGCUUGCCAGAUUGCGAGUUUGUUGACUACGUCUUUGAAGCCUCUCAAGGAGUAUUGACUAGAAAAUAUUCCAAUAAUAAUCAGAGGAACCUGUAUGGCGGUUUGCAACUGAUCAACCACAGUGUCAUCAGAAUAUACUUCAAUGAUCUCAUUGGUACGAGAAAUAGGAGGAAUGUUUCUCACAGUUGGCAGACUUAUUUAGCUUUCUACGGCGGUAUUCUGGGUCUUUUCGUCGGUUUCAGUUUCAUAUCGGUCAUAGAAUUUGUGUAUUUUUUCGUGUUCAAAUUGAUGACAGACGCAAAGGAAAGGUUUAAAACAAAAAAGAACCAACUGAGAGAAAACGUUAAAGUUGCAGCAGCAUUCGAAAACCCUCUAAGACCCACACAGCGUCUGAGAAACAGACACUUUGUACAUCUGAAUGAUGAUUCUCCUCAAUGGUUCUUAGAUUGAUAACUUGACGAUUCAAUUAAAUAAUCAAAUAAAAAAU